GCGACGAAAGGGGAAAAAGGGUGAAAGAUAGAGAGAUUAGAUUUGGAGGAAAGUGGGAAGAAAAAGCAAAAGAGAAGCCGUUUGAUCCAACACGUCCACCUCUUGGGGAUUGCACGAAACGCGGGCUUCGUCUCGUGGCGUUGACGAUUCAUUUAAUCCCUGCUAAUUCUUCUUUCUAUAAACCGCACUUUUUCAUCGUUUCCUUCGUUUUCUCCCUCUGUUUUCUGAAAUUUUCUACUCGUUGGUGCACUUUCUCCAUCAAACCCAUGACUGGGAAAGAGAUUCUCCACAAGAUGAAGGAAAAAGUUGGGCUCGGCUCGUCCGAUCCGGACUCAGGAAAAGGAAAGAGCAAGAUGUCGAAGCAUGUCACACAUGGUUAUCAUUUGGUGAAAGGGAAAUCGAACCAUGCCAUGGAAGAUUACGUGGUUGCCGAGUUUAAGCAAGUUGAUCAUCAUGAGCUGGGUUUAUUUGCAAUCUUCGAUGGCCAUUUGAGCAACUCUAUCCCUGAUUAUUUACAGUCCCAUCUAUUUGCUAAUAUCAUAAACGAGCCUGAUUUCUGGACGAACCCAACGGACGCAGUCAGGAAAGCAUACGAGGCAACCGAUGCUUACAUUUUAGAGAAAGCUGUUGAUUUUAGUCAUGGGGGUUCGACUGCUGUUACAGCCAUAUUGAUUGACUGUAAGAAACUAGUAGUCGGCAAUGUGGGGGACUCCCGUGCAGUUAUCUGUCGUAACGGUAAAGCCAGUCAAUUAUCAAUCGAUCACGAACCGAGCGUUGAAAGAAAAAGCAUCGAGGACAGAGGUGGUUUCGUUUCAAACUUUCCUGGAGAUGUUCCACGUGUCGACGGGCAGUUGGCGGUCGCAAGGGCGUUUGGUGAUAGGAGCUUAAAGAAACAUUUGAGUUCAGAGCCAUACGUGGUUGUGGAGACGAUCGACGACGAGACCGAAUUGGUUAUCUUAGCAAGCGACGGAUUGUGGAAGGUUAUGUCGAACGAGGAAGCCGUAGAGUCGAUCAGGCAUCUGAAAGACGCUCAAGCAGCUGCCAAACACCUGACAGAAGAGGCCCUCAAGAGGAAGAGCAGAGAUGAUAUUUCUUGUAUAGUUGUGAGAUUUCUGUGAGUUCAUUAUGGAUUUCUUUCUGGUUUUUAUCCCAACAGCACAAAAAUGGAAGAACAUGAAGAACUAGUUCCAAACUUAGCUGUUUUGUCUUUGAUGUGUGGAGAAUCCAAAUAAACUUAGCUGUGGAUUAUAGUGUAUGGCUGUCUGUAUAUCAAAUGCUUGGUUUUAACAUCAGUUUUAUGGCUCAACAUGUUAAA